AUGGACAACGAAAUUGGCAACUGCGAUAAUUACUACUGCGAAUUGUGCAGCUUGGAUUUUACGACUAGAAGAGUAAGUUCAAGCUUCUGUAAAUUGUUUUGCAGGCAUGACACGCUUUUUAGCUCAGCCCUUACAUGUAGAUGCAUAAGUUACAUUCUUGAAAGCUCAUAUCAUGAAUGUCUGGAGGACUUAAGUUUUAUGCUAUUUUAUUGUUUGCAAAGCUAGCACGCUACAUCUCGACUAAAUAGUUUCAGUGAUGGAAACUGAGCUGGCAUUGUAUCGUUACAAACCUUGGAGUAUUUUUUCGUCAUGGCCCGGAUGAAUAUGUAUUGUUCGUAAUGUUUAUUAGCUUUUCUAAACAGCACGGCUUCAGACAUCAGCCCCAGCAAUCAAUCUUCAACUAGAUGAAUUUAUAAUGAACGUUUCAGCAACCGAUUCGAAAAUGUUUGAUGCCUACAAUAAAAAGAUCUAAUGUCAUGACAACAUUAUGUGAAGCACUCUUGUUUGGUUCGUGACCUCUAAUGAGAUCUUUGUGAAUAAUUUCUGUCAAAAAUGGCACAGCUUAGUGUUGAGAAGUCACUAAUGCAAAUCUUUAUUUAAAAAAAUUUAGUAGUAAGUACAUUAUUCUUGAACUUCUGUUAAUUUAUUAAACAAAAAGAUCAGUCUAGUUCAGUGAGCAACUGGUUCAUGCAUAAAUCAAUGUGAUCUCUAUUCUUCAUGGUUAUUGAAAUCUCCUGUGGAUUUCAGGUUAUUACUUACUACUGUUGAUAUGUAUUCAACUUUGUUAUUUUGCUAUCCUGGUUUUGAGGAGUGUUUUCUAAUAAUGUUGUACCCUGCAUAGUUAGUUGUUUGAUCAUCCUUGAAAGAGUUGAGGUUUAGAAGGUUGAGAUGAGAAAUUGGCUGAACUGCCUGCCAAAAUUGACGUGGUUUUGAGUUUUAUCUGCCCUUUAACAAAUAUAAAAUUCCAAGUGGCUGAGAUCACUUUCAUGUCAUUCAAAUGUCUUGGUUAUCUCUCAAGGGAGACACACAGGAAGCUAACUUGAAGAAAAUCAAUGGAAAAAAUGUUAACUUCAAAAUGAAAGAUAUUUAACCAGUGUUAAGAGAGGAGACAGGAAUUUUUGGUCCACUGUAUGGAUUUUUAUCAAGGUAUCAAAAGCUUUACAAGUGUCUUAUAGGGACAAGCUAGUCAUUUCCAUUUUGAUUAGAAUCAGUGCUCUUCAGCAUGUGUAAAGUGAAAUGAUUACUCCUGUACUGGGGUGGAAUUGAUAAUUUCUUGCUUCAAAAUUCUAAUUCAUUAGUCAGAUACUUGUACUCUUUUUAAGUCAUUCUGGUUCAACUGGUUAUCAUGGUGUUUUUAUAAAUAUUUUUUUGCUGGUAUUAACUUACAUCCCAAGGUCAGAGAGCAAUGUUCUGAUUCGUAUGUCUGUGACAACAAGUGUCACAUGGCAAGCUAUUUGGCUAUUGUUUAAACUCACUGAAUUGAUAAGAAAUGUGUUGAGUGGAAGCACUCAAGAUCUAAAUGAAUAUAUUUGCUAAUUUCUCAACUUAAGGCUCUACUUAUCAUUUUAGCAGCCUCAUGGCCUUUUUUUCAUCAAGCAUCACAAAUAAGACACCACUAACACAGGCUCUUAAAUGAGGUCCUACAUGUAUUCAAUUUCAUUCUAGUAUGCAGAUGAUUGAUAACAGAUUUUGUGAAAGCUUGCAGAGGUGACAGUUUUCUGGAUAAGAACAACAUUCUGUUUGUUUUCACUUUUGUCAUUCAUAGAUGAAAACAAUAUAUCCCAUGUAGCAGUUGAAAUAUUUUCUGGAUGUGCAACCUAAAAGGUAAUUAACUCACUGUUAAUGUUUUCCUGAUAGGAGCUGGAGGAGCACACUUGGUCUAUACUACACCAUACAAACCUAAGCAAGGAAAAGGGAAGGUAUAUGGAACUGUACUUAUUUCAUGAUUAAUUGCUUAUUUAUUUAUUUAUUUAUUUGUAAUGAUUAGACAGGCUAGCCAUGUUUAGCUAUAAUACUAGUUUAAAUUGGGACCUUUUUAAACAAUAACAAGGCCAGACCACAGAAACAGGAGCUAAAUUCCCUGCUUUUUGCCAUAAAUGUGUGGGUUCUUUAGCAUCCUCCUCUAACCAUUGCAGAGAAGAUGCAGGGGAUGUUACCUGUAGUUUAGGGUCUGAGAAGACUAGAACGUCUCCUUAUUUGCUUUCCUUAAUGUACUUGUUAGUCAGGAUAUCUUAACCUUUUCCUUUCCCCUGCUGUUAGUCACUAUUAUUUGAUGAUGAAUUGGUUUGUAUACUUUCCCUUGGGAUUCAGUGUAGCAGUUUCUGUGAGGUGAUGCAUGAAUAGAUUGCCUGUCUUGAAGAGGAAAUAAUUUUACUGUGAUGCAUUAAGUAGACAGCAGAAAAAAAAGCCCCCCUUUCACAACAGCAUAGGUAUCUGAACCACAUGUCCUUAUAAACACAAAUAAUUUUACAAACUGAUAAAGAGGGUUUUUUUUUAAAGAAACUGUGGUGCUUUGCAGUUAUUAAAAAGAUUAUUUUGGUUUUAUCAACUUAGUUGAUAAUGUAAAUUGGCCUCUGUAAAGAGUAUCAAACCUGACAUAUGAGCGUAAGUCAGAGUGACCAAAAUUAUAAAGUAUCGAGAGUCUAGUUUAUAAAAGUAGAGAUAAUCCAUUUGGAAAACAUGUAAAUUUGUUGGAAUACCUUAUCCUGUCUUUGAAAUAAGAGUGUUAGAUUUGAUAGUCUUGCUGCAGGACAAGUUAGUUUUGUUUACUUCUGGGUAGCAAACCUCUUUUUUUUGUGACAAGCUCACUGGGACAAAGAGACUGAGAUUAUAAGAAAUAGAUCUGAAAUAAAUUUGUUGUCAAACUCUGACUCUUUUUGAGUACAGCUGGUGACAGUUUUCCUUGCCCUUACAUUGUUACAUGAAAGGAGCAAUUCAUUGGAAGGGACAAUGGUGGAGAUUGUUACUGAUCAAUGUCUCAAAACUGAUGUAUUUGUCUCUAAAUAUUGUAUUUUGAUGGGUAAAUGUAGACUGCGCAUGUACCCGUACAUACAGGAUAAAAGUAUUGGUUCAAAUAUACAGUUUAGUCCGUAUUCUUACAUUCAUAAUGUUUACAUGUUGGUAAGGACAGAAGCUAAGAAAGUAGGUCAGGUGAAUUGUUGUUGUGGACACCUCAAUAGUGCAGUAAUUUACAGAGUUUUAAAUGCCAUAGUUUUUACCACCCAAAAACUAAGACAAAAUAAGGAACAGAGAAAAAAAAAAGAAAAGAAAAUGCAAAAACAAAUAGUAAAAAAAACGUAAAGGAAAAGACAAGUAGUCAAGUAGUAAUGAAGGUAAUUAUGUUGAAACGUGAAAAAAAAAAGUUAUGAGGCUAACCACAAACAAAAAAUUGUUCUUCUGGUUUGUUUUUAAUAAUGAAUGGCACUGAAUUUAAAACUUGUACAUAGAGACAACAAAUUUUAUUGCAAGGGUUGAAUUUAUCCUUCAACAUCCAUGUAUGUAAUUUUCAGGAGUUACCUUAUGGAGAUAAACAUCUUGCUUGCUUAUUUGAAAAUGGAUUUUAUCCUCCUUUUUUGUAGUGAUUGCAAGCAUCCAUGUAGCUUAUGCAAACAAGAGUUUACAAGACUUUCGGAAUUUACAAGUCACUUGCAUGGCGACAGUCACCAGGAGAAUAUACACAAGUGGCGUAGAGAUCACCAACAAGAAUGGAGUCCAGAUAAAAAACAAUUAGCGAGUCCAGGUAAAGAAAAACUUCCGAGGUCUGAAAAACACAAACCGCAGAUCCCAGAAAAGCAGAAACUGAAGAGACAACCUCAAGAAAAAGAAGAAGGAGAACUGUCUGAUUGGGCUGCGGAUGAUUUCACAGGUGUGAAAAAUUUUCAGAAUUACUCUAGUGAUCAAGACGGGGAAACAAUUAUGGAUGAUUAUCGUAGGGAUCAUCAGCAUCCAUAUGGAAGUUAUCCUAGUCAGGGUCCACAAAGAGCAAUACCGAGUCUGCUGGACCCACAUUUGCCUCCAGCUAGUCGUGCUGGGGAUUAUGGAUUUCACUACCAGGAAGAAGAGAUGAGAAGGGUUAGAGGGCCGAUCUCACCGCGGCCUAAUGAUGUUCAGGACCAUGCAAACGACAGCCGCCCAGUUUGGAAUGGUUUUGACGAUGAACGGGAUUUCAGAGAGCCUUCAUACGACCCUGAAUACGCAAGAAUGAACCAUUCAAGGAACUAUGAUAGGCAAGAUGAAAGUUAUUAUGGAACCAGAGAGGGAGACAGAGUGACGAUCAGGGACGGUGGUAGGCAAUAUGCGAGUGAGCGGCAAAACGGAAGUUAUUAUAGAGGCAGAGAAGAAGAAAGGAUGUUGUCAAGAGACGGUGGCAAACCAUCUCCGAGUGACAGUUAUUCAGAUGGUUAUGCUCCAGGCUCGAGACGAAGGGUGUUUGUUGGAAGUCAACCUGGUGAUCUGAGGGACAGAAUUAGUCGACGUGGGAAUACUUCAUCUCAUGACGGACGUCAGAGGAUAAGAAGUGUGGUUGGAUCGAGUUUCACGACUUUCAGAGAGAAUGACGAACGAACCUAUUCGAGACAAACUAGGAGAGACAGUCCCGGUAAUCGAAGCCGAAGAGAAACUCCACCGUACAAACAGGAACCAGGAAGACGAAAGACAUCACAAGACAACAAAGAAAAAGAUAUCAAAGAAGGGUCGCAGACAAAAACAAGUCCUUCUUCAGAGAGCCCUGGUGGGAAAAGUGGAAGAAAAAGUAAACCACGUAAACUCGCUCGAGCAGAAGAACAGAACAAAGAUAACCGAAUUAUUAAGAAUAGUGCUUCUAAAAACGUUGAGGUCAACUCUCAGUCACCAAAGGGUAAGGAAUCAGAGGGAAAGAACAGCGAUGGCAACAAAACAAUGGAUAGGGUGAAAUAUCAGACCCAAUCUGGGGCUUCAUCUCAGCAGGUUAAUGGAAACAGGAAUGGGAAAUCAAAGAUAGAUUCCAAAGAUUUAACUACCAAAAAUCCCUCAGCGAGCAAAGGUUACGUGGAUGUCAAAGGAAACACUACAGAAACAACCAAAACUGGGUCAACUUCAUUAGCUAAAGGGGAUACGCCAUCUCCUGCUAAAGGAACUCGAGGUCUGUCUUCGCCACCCACCAAAAGAAAACCUUCUUCGUCAGGAAACAAUGAUGCCAGGCCAUUGACUUCCAAAAGGGACUCCUCAUCAGCCGCCGCCUCUUUGCCUGGCAACAAGUAUGAUACUUUGCUAUCAGUCAAAGGGAAUUCCCCUUCAUCAGUUAAAGAGGGUUCUUCUCUUUUGACAAAAAAUAGUCCAACUCUACCAGUUAAAGAGAGUUCCAUCAUAGCGGCCAAAGAGGACUCUUUCCUACAAAACAAAGGAGCCUUAUCUUCAUCUGCCAACCCAAAAUCAUCUUUAGCAACCAGAGGGAAAUUUUCACUGUCAACAAAUACUUCCGCACCAACCCUUGCAAAACAAGAAACGAUCGAAAAGGCGGUGGAAAUGCCUGUUCCAAAAGCUUCAGACGAAUCCCUGAAAUGGAUAAAAAAUGGCAAGGAAGAAGAGACAUGUGCUCAUGAGAAGGUAACUUCGGUUACAUUUCUUGAUGAGCAAAUGAUUAAAUCUCAGGAUUCCAAGGAAGCAGGAAAGAAACGUGCAUUUUCUUCGUCAUCCAUGAGAGGCGAAAAAGAUCUUGGUUUGAAUACAAAAGAACAGUCUCAGUCACUUUCAUCUUUGAGCAAAAAUAACAAGGGUCACUUGACUAAUUGUACUGAUGAGACAAGUAACUUAUUGCCAGAGAACACAAAAGAAAAAACAGCCGAUAACCAAGGAACGAACAGUUCGAAAGAAAGCGAACAAACAAAUAAAUCGUCAACAACUUCAACCGUCUGUUCCUUGCCAUGGGAAAAGCGAGAAGAACAACUAAGAGCCUUGCUCGGUAUAAAGAAAGAGCCAAAAGACUUGGAGGUAAAAGUUGUUAAUAAGGAGGUUAUUAACAAGUAGUUACAUUAUGGGCAGUCUAGUAGAUUACCGGGACACGACACCAAUUUUAAAUGUCCAAGUUGUUUGCUCCUCCCCCCCCCCCCGCAAGUUGCACAAGCAGUGUUCCAAUGAUUCUUAGGAUGAUCGGGAAGCCCAGGUGGAAUUGACACACUUCUUUUUCAAAUUUUUGGGGAAAGAAAACGGUUUUAUUGAUAAGUCGAAAAUAGAGAGGGGGUGAUGUUGCGGACGUCACGGAAGGCUUAAGUAAUUGACUCAGUACUAGGUCUUCCUGGGAGUGCUGCCACUGACCUGUUUGAUUUGUGCGUAUGACUGAACUGGUAAGAGGGAUAGUGGCUGUUAACUUUAUACCGUUUGAUUGGAUAUGAUGUGUCGUCGAACUGCAUUCCUAUUUCAUGUUUGGAGGUCUUGUAUGUUUUACUUAUUUGAUGUGCUAAACGUUAACCUAUCGUGGACGAUAAAAUGGUGAAUUGACUUUCUUCUUCACGAUCAGGAGGACACCAUUCCUUGUCCAGUGUCCAGGGUGGCAUUGUCGAGUCAGAAAAAUGUCUCCAUCUCCACCAGCAGUGCACCCACGGUGAACAGCUCAACUUCUUUUCCAAGUAAACCCAACAGCUCUAGAGAUGCCCCUGUUAUCUCCCAGUUACCCUUCUCUCAGUCGCAGUGCAGUAUUGUUCAUAUUGACGGAACACCAUGUGGUGCAGUCGCUGAGAACAAGUACUUCACCGUUUGUUAUCUUCAUUUCAUGUCUCAUUCGUUGAAAAUAUUACUUAUUAGUAUAUACCACAGAAGUGAACAGUGCUUUUCGCGCGUGCUGAUUGGCUAGUUCGGUAGUGAAUAGCAAGUUCAAUUCACCUCCGAGCAGCAGAUGAGACAAAAUUGCGCGUCUUGAGUAUAAUUUCUGAUCAAUUAUCGGUAUAUUGAAAGAAAUACGCUAAUUUCCUGAUAUCUGUGUGGUAUAUACUAAAACAAUAAUUCACCGCCACUUCGCUGAAUAAUUGUUAAUUAUAGCAUGUGUGUAAAUCGUGAAUCAAGCAGCAACAGUGAAAGAUAAAAGUUGACGUCUCCCCCCCUGACUCCAGAAUUCGUACUUAAAGUUGGCUUGUGAAAAUCAAGUGUUUUCCUUUAAAUUGAAGAGGGAAAAAAGUUUCUUAAAUUCAUCUUUUGCAUCAGUGAGAGAGGUCUUGAAGGAAGCUCAUCUCAAUGAGUACGAGACCAUUUUCCAUGGCGUAUCAGUUUUGAGGGAGAGGGAACAGUGACGAGUAAAAUUGUAAAUGUUGUUUUUUUUAGGGGUGGGGGUUGUCAUGGUGUGCCAUAAACUUCAACAAUCGGCAGUUUGUAUUAUGAAUUCCAGUCAAUUGGUCCAUUUAACUUUUCCCAAUUUGCAUUCCAGGUACUGUCCAUAUCACCAAAGAGUGUUUAAAAGCGAAGAGGGAAAUGCCAGGGGACCAAAUCUUGGCACGAGAGGGAAUCAGUUCAGGGGAAAUGAUGGUGAGUCUGAUUUGUUCAGGACGAUUCGGGAUGGUCGCAAAAAUGGUGCGCAAAUCUUUAGACCAAUAACUCCCCCAUGCGAUCCGCCGGACCAUCUUGGUUUCGACGGAGGUAAGACGCGUCAAAAACAGGACAAUCGAGGUGAGGGCGGCAGGAAUGCUCUGGCACGAUCUAAAGAAAACGAUCUUAAUUCAAAGGUGCCUAACGCCGAGUCGCGAGCCUCAAAUGAGUUUGUUGGAACGAUCGAUCUUAACUCUACUGUACAAGGAGUGCCAAGGAACUUAUUUCCAUGUGAGUCGGCAAAUGGAAGGAGUGGACCAAACAUUGACUUAAGCGAUAGAGUACCAACGAAGCCUCCGGGUAUCACACUGGAAGCUGCAACAACGUCAGAUACCGGUAUCGAUUUGAGUGGCACUGUGCCGAACCUUGAAGAGUUGCUGGCGCUUCAUGGAUCUUCGGCAGAUGCAACUGAUGGUCCAAAAAUUGAUCUUUACAAAACAGGGCUGAAGCAUGGUCAGUUUUGGAACCAACGAGGAUUGAAGGCUGAUGCUAGGCCAACAGUCGAUCGUGGUUUGACUGCACCUUCCCAUGGUGCGUUAGUACAUUUGGGUGGCUCGUCCAGUGAUGCUGAUAAUGUAGCUAAUAUUGACCUGAAUGAGAUCACAGCCCUACCGGGAAGUUCUCGGGUACCUCUGGAUACCGUGAGGCUUAGUGAUAUUGAGCACAGAAAGACUCAAGCGUCCGAGAGCGACAGACUUGGACGUCCAUCUGGUGCAAGUAUGCUUCCGAACUCAAAUGCCGACACGGAAAUGAUUGAUUUGAACUUAAGCACCAAGCUUCUUGGGGUCCCUCAUUCCGUCGUAAAUCCUUUUGAUACAAGACCAGUUAAAGAAAUGUCCAAAUCACCGUCCGAACUUUCCACCAAAUCCUCCCCAUUAGCCGCUCACAUCCAUUCUCCAUCACCUCAAGGCUCAAACAUUUGUACGUCACCUUUGUCACACGGUCAGUCUCCAUCUCCUACGAUUUCGCUUCCAAAUUAUUCUCUUGAUCUGUCCAGGUUUAAUCUCCCUCCAGCAGUCCGUAAAGCUUUAGCUGAUCGUUAUAGUGGCAAGAAAGUUUCGAGUGCCGCCAGUGGCUCAACGGCUGAGUCUUCCGAUGGUCGAAGAUCUCAUCCACUUUUCACAUACUCAACCAGAACUGAUGGUCAGUUUGAUAACGGGAAAAAAGUAUCUCCCUUACCUGCGAGACUUCGCAGUAGAGGACAAAGAAGUGUUAGUUUAGACUCGCCUUUGAUGAGGAAAGAAAAUUUGCACGGAGAGGGCUCUUCACGUUCUGUUCUUUUUGAACGAGGAAACUUCCAUGAUAUGAAUCGGUUUCUCAAUUGGCCUUCAAUCGAAGGACAUGAAAAGAGUAGUUUGAUUUCUUUAGGCCAUAAUUUAGGGGGCUUGCCCAAAAGGUCAGGUGUGAUGUUACCCUCCACGAAUGUAUCACCUCUAAGUACACAAGCUACUACUGCAAAAGAGGACACGCAUGAACUUCAUCGUCGAGGGCUUAUUGAUUUGAGCUCGACCUCAUACUUUGGAGAAAUACCGGCGACCUCUGUUAACCAAGUUAGAUCGCCGGCAGCUACCAGAUCUACUAUUGAUAAUUCCCAAUCACCUUCGAGACCUUCAAUGCUUCAAGGUCGAGGACUGAUCGAUUUAAAUAGCAGCAUGGCGCUUGGCGGUAGGGAAGCGGCCAAUCCAGAGACCCUUUCAGUUAUGAAACGUAAGCGAGUAAAUUCCACAGAAGGAUCUGAAUGUCCUUCGAGUUCACCAUAUGAACAGCUGAUCAAAAGAUUGAAACAGGAACAAGCGACUCCUAUAGAGAACACUGCAGCUACCUAUCGGCCAGGAAUAAAUGUUCAAGAACUACUGACUAUCGAACGAGAAGAGCAAAAUCAACUGCAGAAUUUGCAUGCGGUGCAGUCCAGAUUAAAAUCUGUUCGCGCGCAGAUUCAGAAAUUAUGUACGGAACUGGAUUCUCUGAGCAGCGAGGAACAAAGAAUUACCCUCAAAAUGGGAGAGCUACGUAAUCAGAGACUGAGCGUUCUCGAAAAUGCCUGUUAUGAAAGACAAGUGCCAACGACAAGGAUUGAAAUAGUAACAAGAGAGGUUAGUGUAUCUACUGCUGAUGAUAAAAAUUCAUUCUCUUUUUCUUCUGGGUCUGGUGAAAGUGACACCUCUGACCUCAGUUAUUCUGCAAGGCAAGAUAAAUGUCAGGACGAUGUUUCAGUUGCCAAAGAUAAGAUUCAUAGGGGACCUUCAAACAAGGACGCGGAGGAAGAAGUUUAUAUCAGCGGAAAUACUUCCCGUGCCAAAGAAAAAGAAUCCUUUCUAAAAGAAAGUAAUUUUAGCGAUGGUCCUGUUGGGACUGCAACUAAUUUUGGUUCGAAAGGCAAAAUACAGCGCCAAAAACUACCUCAUGAAAAAGUUUUGGAGAAGCUUAACGCCGGAAAGUUAGCGGAAUCAUCAAAACAACUGAUAAAUUUUAGUGAAGGGGCGAAUAAUAUCACUCUAGCGUCAGGAGCUCAAAUAAAUGAAAAGGCUGCGUGUAGGGAACCUGCCGAAGAGACCUCAGACAUGUGUAAAAAAAGUGACACCAACAGUUUUGGUGCAGAUUUUGGACUUGGUGCCGUCCGUACUUCAGGAAACCUUGGGAAUGCACCUGUGCGUAAUCCAAAUGGAGCAAACAAAGAUAAAGGAGCAAGAGAGGGUCUUAUGAAGAAAGUGAAACAAAUGUAUCAUCCAGAGAAAGCGCCAUUCAGGAAAAAGAGCUCUUCAGAUGGUAGUAUCUCCAAGAACUUAGAGGUGAAUAGAAAGAAAAUACAGUCAGUGCGAGAAAACAUGGAGCGCUGGAAAUCUCAAGAGGAAAGUGAAGGUUUGCGUGAAUUAAAUGAUAAUGAAACUCAAACACACACCAGCCCGUUCAGAUCAUACAGUGCAGAGAGUCAUGAUAAUUCAAAUGUAGUCGAGGGGAAAUGUUUACCUCGUAAAAUGCUAAUCCUCGAAAAAAACGAGUCCAGAAAGACGACGAAAGAGCUGAAAAAAUCAAGUUUCUUCCAAUCCAGUAAGAAAAGCUUCAAGGAACUACAAAGAAACAAGGUGAACAAAUCGCAACUGAGAGAGAAAGAGAAAUCCAAUAAAACUGACACUGUUCCCGUCAAACGACGUAAGAUGGAGGAUACUUCGUGCAACAAAUCCUCUGUCCUUCCAUUAAAGGAGGAGACUGAAUCCAAAUUAAAGGGUCAAGUUGUGAGUGCCGCGGCUCACACGACCACAACUGACCUGGAAGGACCUGGAUCCGAGGAAAGAGGCUACACGGAAGAUGAAAUUCCAACACGAGAUGUGGUAAGUGCGUCAUGUUAAAUUGCGGACGUUGAUUUUAUAGUUCCUCUUUCCACCUAGAAUUAUGGGUGGAUUCAGGGAGACCGUUGUAAGAGCUUGAGUAAUCUGCGAUGGACCAGUGUUUGUUUCAUUCAGGGCUAGACGCAGUAUUAAUUUUUCUUCAUUCCACGGAACCGGGAUGAUCAAUCAUAUGAAAGAAGUGCAUUAUUUACUUUUUUUUUUUUCAGGAUAGCCAAUUAGGGAAUAUGUCCAGCAAGAAAUCCAGCCGUCCGAGCCAUCUAAAAAUUCCGUCCUCUUCUGUUGAGUCCCUCAAGAAGAGUUUGCUGAACACAAAAGGUUCGCAUCUUCACUUGUCUUAAACUUUACACGUAUAGAUCUUGUUCUGACACUGUUUUUCUCGAUCUUCAAGUACAUCUACCUUGUUUUACUUGUAAAAUUCCAUUAAUGCUGAAUUAAAUGUCUUCGGUGUAAAUGUUUCACGCGCAUAAGUGUAACAGUAUUUCAACGGUGGAAUCUCCAAGUGGAAGAGAUCCACAUCACUAGGUCAGGAAUUACCCUAACAGGUUUCUCUUGAAUAAAGGUGACAAAACAAAAAGGCAAUAUGACCAUGUUUUUUUAGAACCUCAUGAUGUGUCCUUUGAAUAGUGGUCUUUUAACGAAGUGGUUCCUCCCCAUUGACUUUAUCACUACGAUUUGGAACGUCGUUUAAACUACCUACGUUCGUUCUUUGAAGUAAGUCACAGAUGCAGCAUGCGUUCGUAACUGCAUUGUAUGAAUACUUUCUCAGAUGGGAGACCCCGUGGUGUACUGGCGACAAAGUUUCCCGGCCACACAGGAGCUGUCUGCGGGUUAAGGGUGAGCUAUCUUGAUUUUUCUCAUGAAAUGGGCAGCUCGCAAACAGCACGGUUGCCUUGUUGGUAGAUGAUAAGAAUGCUCUAGUAUGGUGGAUCGUUCAAACGCUGAGACAGUGCCCAUCAUAUCUGCUACCAGUUUAAUACAGGCAGGAAACAUUUUAAGAGAAAUUUGGUUUGUUUACUCUUUAUAGACACUGUUAAAGAAACGUUAAAUCUUUAUUUCGUACAAAAUAUGCCCUACGAGAUUAAUUUUGAAAGACUCUUGAAUACAUAGGUUGUUCUUGUGAAAAGUAAUAACUUCUCACCAACUGAGCGCGUGGGCCGAACUGGGGAAUAGUGGCCUGAGGUGGUGGCAGUACGGAACGAUUAAAGCAAGUCCAUACAAAAACGACCGAGGGGCAAUAUUACAUAGUGCUGCUCGAGCAAGCGAUGUUUGUAAUUAUUUUAUUUUAUGGCACUCAGAGAGACUUAGUUUGCUCUCAGUGGCUUUCGAGAAAAAAAUACACGGUGUAUGACGGUUUUCGUGGAAACAGUACGUAUGGCAAAAUCGCGACCAAGUAGGAACAAUCAAAAAGCUCGGAUUUACCUUAAGACUACCUUGCCAUAUACUAAAUGUUCUUACUGAGUCGCGGGAUUCAGUUAUUACCACGAACGUCGGUUGUGAGCUCAGAAUUGAGAUUGUGUCUAAUUUUUAGGUAAACAAUGGUCAUCUGUUUACUUGCUCCACCGAUAAAACUACCAGAUCAUUCAACAUUCAGGUGAGCUGGCCCUUCCCUUGUUUGAUAGAAGGUUAUUUCCUUAACUUGCUUAUCAAUGUAAUCGUUACCAUUCUAGUGGCUCUAUAGCUUUUUUUUUUUUAUUAAAUUCAUUGUUUAACGCUUCAAUUUUGUGACUUUAGACAGGGGAAUGUGUCAAAAAGUACCAAGGACAUCACCUAGCUGUUAACUGCAUCGAGGUUUGUGUAGAUAUGGCUGUUAAGUUUCUUUUAUACAUCAUGCUUUUCCAAUUGUCGCAGAUAAAUAAAGAACCUUAAAGAAAUGAAGUUCAAUCGCCAAAAAGUGGCGUGGAUAACUUAGGAAUACUUGUGCCAUUCAUGAUCGGUGAAUUGGUCGGAGAGAUAACCGUGCGUCCAAAAUAUAAUACUUCAAUGUUACAUUAUGGAUUGAAUAAGCUUUUGAAAGACUCUGUAGCAUACGAAAUGUCGCUGUUUUUGUAUUCUUUCUCACUUUUCUAAGAACUGAAGAAAGACUUUCUUUGGGUAAAUCGUAAGGAAGUUUUUUCGGUAUGUAACAAGCUCUGUACAUUUUAGUGGUAACGAUUGUUGUGGGUAGCUGGUGGUAUGCCCUAUUCCUAUUCCGAGACGCCCGAAAUACUACACCACAAACUUCCUUUUUUUACAAUAGGUUUCAACAGAAAAAGACAGAUUAUUUACCGGGUCCAAUGACCAAACUGUCAGGAGCUACAACAUAAAGGUAACAAACUAUUUCUUUUAUUACAAUGGAACAAGCUGGAUCACUAAGCGUUUUCUGUGAAGUAGUUGAACAAGAAGGUUAUUAGUGCCCUAAAUUGGGUUUGUCUCGAAUAAAUCGUGGACAGUAUUGCCUUUUCUUUAUGUUUUGCGCCCCACCAACCUAACAGGGCUGAACGAGUCGAGGUAGACAACCAUUUUCCCAACUCCUCAACUAAAUGUUUUAUUUAAAGGUUUUGUUAUUUUAUUGUCUAGAGUGGCAACUGCACCCAUAAGUUUACAUUUGAUGGUCGUGUUAUGUGUCUUCACACCGCUUUUGAUCUUCUGUUUGUUGGACUCAGCACUGGUGUUGUGGCCUCCAUCGACUUAAUGGUAAGUCACGGGAAUAAAGCGAACUACACGCUAGACUUCCCAUUUUGUUUUUGAAACGAAUCUUCAACCAAAUUUAUUCGAUACAUAUGAUAGCUGGUAUGCAAAGUAACUUUAAAGCUUAAUUUGCCGGAUAACCAAUAAAGAGCUCUUUGGACGACUAGUCCAUAAACACCACCUUUCCUCCCCGGAAACCCUCCGUACAACUAAAUCUGGUCACAGCACUGUCAGCUUUUCGCGAUAUUCAUAUUCUCCGCGACUUUCUACCCAGUAAAUUGGCAGCCACCUGCGAGUUACGGAGUCGUCGGAUUCUGGUGUUAAGUUUAUCCCGAGGCCAUCGUAGACGCUUUCGUGAGAAGGUUCGUCUGUGAUUUUCGGAGAGUGCAUUUCAUUUUCUUCCAUCUCCAUGCGAUCUUUGUGGAGUGGAACCCAAUUGAGAAGGAACAUGACGGCUGUUGCAAUAAUGGUUACAGCGCUAGUGACAUAAAAAGAAACACUGUAGUCAUUGGAUAAGUCGAAAAGCCAACCAGCGAUUGGUGGGCCGAGCGUUUUUGGAAAGGCCAUCAUACAGUAAAGCAAACCGAUGGCGUGCGCUACUCUUUGAGAGCCUGCGAUAUCCCGCGUGAUCACCGGAACAAGCAUCUCGUAGCAUCCAUCAAAAACACCAAAAGUGAACGCGUACACACAAAUCCAGACAUAUUUAUUCGCCAUGGUGACAAGGGAGGAAGAAAUAGCUAUGAGAAGGAGAGAGAGCUGGCAGACCUUGAGGCGGUUGAAUCGCGGAUGAUCGCACGCAAUACCAAAGGCGAUACUUCCCAUAAGUACUCCAAAGGCCAUAUAACCUGUUAGAAGAGAGGCUUUGGUCGUGUUGAUGCCUUUGUCCUCUGUAAAGCGAACCUAAACAAAGAAGGAACAAAUUCAGGUAUUAAAGUAACGCUCCACAGUCGCGAAAACCAAUUUGAUUUAGUCAUCGUCUUGAUAUGAUACAUGAAUACUGACCAUGAAUCACUGCAGAUCUGUUCAAUUUACAAGGUCGCCUCAAUUUUGUUCAGUAAACAUAAUUAGACUACAAAAUAGAGGAGAUUUUUUCCUUGGGAACAAAAUUAAAUUUAUGUUCACUUGUUUUCUUUGGCAAAGAGACUUUUCACCCUCACUGCCUCUCCACCCACGUAGUGUAAAGGAAAACCAGCAAACUGUCAGAGGAAUUGAUUCGUUCACCGCUAUGGACAAAUUUAAAGGAGAGGCAAUACUUUGGUUCCUUCACGGCUCGAAAACGGAAUAAGCCCAGGCUAUGAUGAACCGUCAGCACUAUUUAAGUACAAGACUCUUAUUUUUCGCAUAUUUGCGAGCAGCCUUCAAGAGAAGUAGAAACAAACUUUCUCUCAGUGAGACUGAAACACAGGAAAUUAUCAAACAGAAAUGAAACCUGAAUGUUCUCAACUAACUGAAAGCAACUUCUUGGAACUGGAGGCUGUGGAUAGUGAGGGAAGAAACAAUUUAUGUAUGCUUAACUUACCAAAUGAACAAAAGGCACGAGGAACACAAGCAUGAACACACAAAGCGAAGCAACCCAGAUGACGUACGCUUUGUUCUUGAAAAUGUUGCCGUUUUUUUCUCUUUCUCUGUCUCGUCGGGCCUUAUGGCUCUCCACAGGUCGAAAUAUCAAUCCGCUUAAAAACAUUAAACUCUGAACGGCGGCAAGAAUCCGAAAUGUAACUGAAAUCCCGUACUUUGAUACAAGAAGUUGUAUCACAGGCCCAUAUACCAGAGUGCCACAAGCGGCUCCCGCCAGAGCCAUCCCAGAUGCAAGGGCAAGACGCCUCCUGAAGUACUUUGUUAGUAUCACGAGCGAGGGAAAUAAGCCCAGACUUGCUCCCAGACCCCAUAUAAUUCCGUAGCUUCCAUACAGGGGUGUGAGCGUUGUUGCGAAGGAACUGGCAAGGAGGCCUGAAGCUGAGACGAAAGAUCCAAUGAUGACAACCAAUCGGCUUCCGAAACGUUCAGCGAGAGAGGUACCCACAGCAGCGAACAGAUACAUCAUACUGGACGCCAGCGAGGCAACCCAAGCUGUUGAGAAAGAUGAUAAGCUAUUUACUCAAUUGACAAACUUUUCCAUCUAGGAAGAUAAUAUUGUUCUCAUGUUUUAUUUUUUUACGUCGGGCUAUGCUCAUUAGGCCAAGUUAAGUUUCAAAGCUGUGGACCAUGAAAUGACACGAUAGACCUGGAUUAGCAAUGUAGGCUUGGUAAAAAGACAACGACUAAAGAACAACAGAACGGACUUUGUGAAUGUCGCGAUGGAGACUUUUUUAGUCAGGCCGUUUAAAAAAGCUGCUCGUUCUUAUCAGCUAUUAAUCAGGCUUUUAAAUGGACAUGUAGUUCUUACUCUGAUUGGUUAUAGCCAACAGAUUUUGAAGGGAAAUCACAAGGAGUAAAAUUCGGUUUAAUCUAAAGUGACCUUUGACAUAAACUGUCACGAUUACUUGUAAACGGUUUCCAAUAUUCAAAUGUGCUCUGUGCGUCCGAUAGGGCAAAUUCUAGAUCUCUUAACCGGAAGCGUCUACUUAAACGAAAAUAGAAAGGGGCUUUGACCUCACACUUUAUAAGUCACUUCUUGCGUCGUGCAGAAAUUACUAGAAAAUUAUAAAACAGAGCAUAAAAGGGAAGUUUAAAAACUCAAGGUAGAAAAAGUGACUCUCGAUUAAAAUGAAAACUACAAAAUGUUGUAUUACGCACACAUACUGCAUUGAUUCACAUCUCGGUUUCCGGUUACCAGAGAAUCGUUUUGAAAAAUAAAGAAACAAAAAUGACUAGACUGAGUUGUAGAUAGAUAUAGCCAACAGAUUGUGAAGGGAAAUCGCAAGGAAUAAAACACGGUUUAAUCUAAAGCGACCUUUUACAUAAACUGUCACGAUUGUGUUUGAACGAUUUCCAAUAUUCAAGUGUACUCUGUGCGUCAGAUGGCGCAAAUUCGUGAUCUCUUAACCGGAAGCUUCUGCUAAUACGAAAAUAGAAAGGGGCUUUGAUCUCACACUUUAUUAGGUCACGUCUUAAGUUGUGCAAAAAUUACUCGAUAAAUAUGACCGCCAGACCUUAAAGGGAAGGUUUAAAAAAUUCAAGAUAGGAAAAGUGACUUUCAAUUAAAAUUAAAUGAUGGUCAAAAUAGCGAAGAAAACCACGAAAUGUUGUAUUGCGCACACAUACCGCUUGGAUUCACAUUUCAGUUUCCGUUUACCGGAGAGUCGUUUUGAAAAAUAAAGAAACAAAAUGACUAGACUGAGUAUUCAACAAAAUCCGAACAUUUUUAGUUUGGUUUAAUGUGUAGGCAACUCUACCUGUUUCCCCUCUUUUUGUGGAAUAUUCGUUCAAAAGCGCCGAGUACACUACACCGGCUGCAUUCUGCUGCCCUACUGUUAAGAAAUUCACCAUCCAUGCUCCGAGACAAACGACCCAUCCCCACCCUCCAUCGGGCGGAGGUUUGUGAUGUACUUGAUUCACAGUAGCUGCUGGCUGAUCGUCUUCCUCCGAAACUUCAUCACACCUCUCUUUUGAUGUCAUGUCCGACAUGGAAUUCACAUUUCUUCUCCUGAGGAUAGGAAAAGUGCUCCUGUGUCCGCCUGAAGCGCCCUUUUCGUUGCCCUAGCGUUGACCUUAGGGCCCAGUAGUAAGUUGAGCAGUAGUAAUUCAGCUGAGUAAACACACAUGAGAAGAUCAGUGAUGAAGGCCCAUUUCCAACCUUGAUGCAACGCGGUGGGUUUUUUUUUCUUUUUGAACCACCGCUUUCGUUUGAAUAGCGCCUCUGAUUGGUCAAUUAUUUUAACCUUGUCUCGUUGUCUGCGUUUUCUCCGAUGAGUUUGGUGAGCUUCUCAAAAUAAUUCUGUUUAAAACAAUACUAUACGUUUUAAUCCGGUAUGGAAUCAGAAGAAUCCAUUGAUUCAGCCGAUUCCGUGGCAGUAAAUGCUUAUUUAAUUGAAGUUUGCCAUCCUUGUUAAAUAGGACCAAGGGUCAGUUGAAGUUUCCUGCCCGUGGAUAGGAGCUUGCGCUAGAAAGAGUGGUGGAGGUUGCUGUCUAUUCAAAGCAGCAAAUAUGAAUCGUAACGCAAGCUCUCAGUGACGCUGACGUUCCUGCAAUAAAGUGACUAAACGUCCGGCAGCCGGACACGGUCUUAAAAUAACUAAACGUCCGGCAGUCCGAUAUUUUUCCAUAUUUGUCUUCGAAAUCCAAAAAAUAUUUAUACGAAAAUGUUCUACCUUUAUUUACAAUCCUCAAGCGCUUCCAGGCAGCCAAAAAUUUCGAACUUGAUGUUUUUCGCCAACCCAGUAUACGGAAUACGAAGCCAUCCAAGCACUUGACAAUUAGAAAGUUUUCAAUGACACGACCGGACACAGUCCUCAAAUAACUCCAUAUUUCUCUUUGAAAUAUACCAAUUUUCCUUGGAAAAUAUUCUACCUUUAUUUAGAAUCCUUAAGCGCCUCCAGAAAAUGAAAAAAUUCGAACGUUAUCCGUCUCGCCGACCCUGUACACAGAGUAGAAAGGGAUCCAAGCGUGACACAUAGAAAUUCUUCGGACACUAUUGGACAAAAUCCAAAAUUCAAAAUACUGAAUAACUAAACCUCCGGCAAAGUGAUAUUUUUCCAUAUUUCUCUUUACAAAAAAUACCAGUUUCUAUUGGAAAAUAUUUUAUUCUCAUUUAGAAUCCUCAAGCACUUCUAGAAAGUAAAAAAAAUUAGAACGUUGUCCUUUCCACCGACCCUGUACGUAGAAAUCUAAGCGUGACACUUGAAAAAAAUCUUCUUCGGAUUCUACCGGAAAAAAUUCAAAAUACUGUAAGGAAACUGUAAAAUGACGAAAGGCGAAUGCAUUUACCUGAAAACAAUUGACUAUAUGUCUAAGAUGGCUCUUGAGAAAGACGAUUUUAGAAGGUUUUCAGUAAUCUGAAAAUUUCGUGUUAGACGAAAUUCCGUGGCGGCGCGCGUUGCAUCAAGGAUGAAAAUCGGCCUUUAAUUCCCCUCUUUCAUAUUUGCGCUUUGAAAUCGCGAAAAUAAAACCCCUGCGAAACACAGUCUCACCAAAAUCGCGAAAUUGAGUACGAAUGAUUUAUAUUUUUAUUGUUUAUGAUUAGGGUCUUCUAUUUCAUGAAUAAAAGCAAAAAACCGUUUGUUAUUUGGCUACUCCGCUGCUUCAUUUGCUAUGCCGUCCUGUAACUGACCCCUAGACGAAUUUUCUGAUCUAUUCGACAUCCAAUGUAUUUUUGGCGAUGACCGCUGCCAAAGAAGAGACUACAGUAUUUUAAAGGCAAAAGCAUAAGCCUUGAAUAUCUAUGGGCAGCGGUUACCGCCAAAAAUACAUACAAUGUAGACGAUUUAGAAUAAAAAGAAUUGAUGUAAUCUGUAUCGUCAGACGGUCGAUACAAUUUGAAGAGAUGUAGCUAUAAUACAAAUGGACAACUCUUCUUAAAUAGAAUGUAAUGGUUAAAAAAUAAAUGGCUUAGUCAGUUCAGAAUCAGGAAAAAUCGAGUCUCGUCUGAAAUAGUUCAGCCUAAAUUUACAAUUCAAUGCCGUUCACUUGGAACUGGACAACUCUAAACCUUUGGGCGGUAAUGGCUGCCUGAACCCUUUGACUCCAAAGAGUGACUAACAUCUAAUUUCUCCUUACACUUUCACCCCUGAAUCACACAUCAAGGUCACGAGAAAAAAGGAAAUGAUCAUCAAGCAAAGAAGCUCUUGAUUAGUAAACAAAUUCUCCUUGUCAGCACCUUAGGAAAUGUAAGGAGAACAAUAUGGAGAAUGUGCAUACUGAUGUUCGGGUGAAAAGGGUUAAAUAUCACCUAUUCUUGAAAAUUGAAGGGUUUGAACGAUUUUUUGCUCUAAUUAUUUUUUUUAUUGCCAGAAUAACAUAUGCCAAGAGCGCCUUCACUGUCACGAGCCCCGUGGAGUAAGCUGUCUUGCUACAGCCACUGAAGGACAACGAAAGCUUUUGUGCUCUGGUUCAUUUGAUUCAACUAUUGCUAUCAGAGAUUGCAAGGUACAUUUUAGGUGUUUAACUUAUACUUUGAAUGUUUGAUUUAUACUCAUGGAUGACUUUGACUGCCGUCUGGACUCAAAUGUAUUUGAGCAGGGCUUUGCUGUAAAGCACAUAGAAAAGCAACCGAGGUCACUUUCCCCGUCCUAAAUUCUUCGUUAACGACAUAUUUUUGUGCAACAUCAACACGAUAUGAAAUACAAUCAUUAGUACUUACUACAUCAACAGCUUCAAGAAGAGACUUCCUCUUCACUGCUCCUCACGUAAUCGCUAAACAAGCCCGUUUGUAAAGUCAUGGUAAUCAAUCAGUCAAUCAAUCAAUCAAUCAAUCGAUCAAUCAAUCAAUCAAAAGACUCUGUUUGGCUCUUUCACACCUAAAAUGUCUUCAGUGAUUCUCCCUACUGUCUGUCAUGCAAUUCAUAUGAUGUUAGUUCUGGGAAUUUGUUCUUGGAUCAACUUACAAUCCCCUAGUUUAAAUUUUCUUCCUUCUCAUCACUUGCCUGCUUGAUAUUGUACUGUUGUUGUAAGGAGAAAUUCUGCCUCGGUCAGUCAUGGGAUUCAAGGGCUAAGGGUCGUGAGUAUGAGGGAAAUGAUCGCCAACUAAAAAAGCCUCUGAUUGUUAAACAAUUUACUCCUGUCAAUUCUAAAGGAAAUGUAUGGAGAACAGUAUGGGGAAUAUGCAUAUUGAUCUCAGGGUAUAAAGGUUAAAGAAGGUAUAGCGCGCAGUAGUUAUGAACAGUGGUGGUCCUGUGGCCAUCUAGAGAAAAAAAAAGGCACGAAAAAGAACAAGCUUUUGUUUCGUUGUUUUGAGCAAAGGAAUAUCAGUCAAAGGAGUAGGUUAUUUCCUUCAGUUUUGUUUUCGAUACUUAUUUCAUAAUGCAGAACUUCAAAUUACUUAUGAUAGGAACUGUCAUUGUCUUUCUGUUUUUCUUAGACUGGUCUUCUCAUUCGGACGCUCUGUGAUCAUAGCAUGACUGUUUUAUGUAUCCAGGUUUGUCAUCUAGAUUUUUGAAUUGUCUCUCCUUUUUUACUGCUCUCAAAAACAAGUUCGAUGCCAGUUAAAACCUUCCGAGGAAUUCGGUGUUUUUACUCUCAUCCUUGUCAUAUUUUACUGCAGAGCAGCACUCUUUGUGCAGUUUUUAACCAUGAGUGGAAAGAAUAUUUUUCAAGGGAAGUCACUUCACAGCUUUCUCUUUGUAUCCUGUUAGGUUGUGGAGAAUAUUUUGUACAGUGGAUCUGCUGAUAUGAAAGUUCAGGCCCAUAACUUGAAUGUAUGUCUAUAUUUUAAUGAUUAUAAUGGCUGAUGGCAAGGAUUUCAAUUAAGGUUUCCAUAAGCGGCUACCGAUGAUGUAAUAGGCAGCUGUGCCCGUAAAAGGGGCAGUAAGGUUUAACCCAAACACGAGCGCCUGUGCAGGCUCAACAGACAGCGGUAAGAGGUCUUCUAGGCAGCGGUAGACCGCUGUUCGGUUACAGGCCUUUACUUAAAAACUCAGCCCUGAAAGGUGGUGAUGCCUAGCAGCUAGACGUUCCAAGUGAUUGUAUGGUGUUCGUUUACCCCUACCCUCCUAGGAGAGAUCAGUACAUAAUUUCUCUUGACAAGUUUAAUACACUGUUUAAAGACAGAUAACUGAGAAUAAGGGAAAUUACCAACCAGGAUAUUAACCAACAAAGAAAGUGUCUUGCUAUCAGUUGGAAGAGUUUUCUUGUUGAUCUUGAUAGUUAAAGCUUUAAGUUUGCGAAAAGAAUUGCGUUCUUUUUUGAUAAAUUUAUAUCCUCGGGGUAUUUUCUCACAGUGUAUUUAUUCUCUGUAAUAAAUUGGACUUAAAAUUGCUUUUAUUUUUCAAACAGAAAGCUGUCAGAAAGACCGACUAACAUUUGAUAUUAUUUCAUUAUCAGAGCGGAGAGCUUCUGAGAAGUUUCGAAGGUCACCCGAUGAGUGUCAGCGGACUUCAAAUUAUCGGCAAUGUAUUAGUGACGUCAUGUUUGGAUAAACUCAUUCGUUGUUACGAUCUAACGGUAAGUUUAAGGAGCUGCUAUUGUCUUAUGUGUAUAAAUGUGUAUGAUCUAACGACGUUGAAUGUUCAAAACUUGCACUUUUAAAAGUUGUUUUUUUUAUUGAAGGCCGAUAAAAUCGCUGUGUUUCAGUGGACUAUAAACCAGCUCACUGCACAGCGCGAGUUUGAAACGCGAACGGACUCGCCUAAAAGGGAAUGGAAAGUUUCAGUAGUCUGUACUAGAGCUCACAGCUGUUCUUAUAUCUAAUUGUUUUCUAUAUAUAUUUAUUUUUCAGUCGGCAGAUCUUCUUCAAGUUUAUGGUGGUCAAAUGGAUAUGAUUUUCUCUGUUCAUGUUAAUAAUGGAAGGGUAAAUUAAAAAAUAGUUUUUUUUGUGACUCAGGUGAUUUUACUUCGAUUGAAUUCCAACUUCAGAGCAAAUCAUUUAAGCUAUAUCAUGCGAAAGAAAUAAUUUCUCAGCAUUUUCAUCCAAGGUCCUUUUUCGAGAAAAAUCGUCAGCUAAUAGGUACUUAAGGCCUAUUAAAGUACAGAGUUAUUCUUGAGAGCAUCUAGCACUCCCUGUAAAUUCUUUGCUGUAUUUUCGAUUUCUUUCCAACAGAUUUACAGCGGAGCACGCGAUGGGUCUGUUGUGGCUGUUAAACUGGAUUUACGGGUUUACCAUUCUUGCAAGGUAAACGAAAAAGUCAUUUCUUUGGCUUGUGCUCAAGAAAAAACGAUUCCAGCACUUUUCAGUGUUAUUUUAAACUUGAUCAAAUACAAGGUUUCCAGGUGUUACCAAUAGCUUAUUUCUCUUCUUAUAUUUUAUUUCUUUAUUUUAUUCUUUAUUUUAUUUUCUUUAUUUUAUUUCUUAUAUUUUAUUUGCUUAUAUCUCUUCUUAUACCGUUCUACUUAUUUCUGUUUCAGUGGCGAGACUGUGAUCUAAAUUUUGGUGUUGUCACGCACCUUAAGAAUCACCUUCGAGGUAAACACUUGAGACAUUAUGUUGCGUUGGUUACAACGAUGUGAUGAGUACUUGAACGUGACAGCGUUGAUUGCGUUACUCGGUGACACAUGACAUAGGACCUGUUUGAUAAAUUGUAAGCUUUCUAGAGAGAACAUUUCUGGAAUGCAAGCCACGCGAGAUAAGUAAUUGAUAAAGACAAAUAUUUUUUGGAUUCACGAUAAUCAUAGUUUUACUUUUUUCAGCCCAAACAAAAUCAAAUUUUUAGCGCUAUUAUCUGCUAAGUUGUGUACAUGCCAAUAAGCGUUGAAUGCGUUACUCCUCAGAACAUCACGUCAUGGAGGAAGGUUCUGUUGAAGCGUGUCACUGGGCGGAGUGUGGACACGAGUUCUCAGCCGAUGACGACAUUUCGGUAAGUUGACUUAUACUCUAAUACUACGGACGGAUCGACGGACGUACGUGCAGAUGGAGAGACCCGAUUGGUUGAUUGAUUAAUUGAUUGAUAUACUCGUAGAAAACCUUACUUGCGAGUGCUUGCCAGUUGUAGUCAAUGCCAUUUUAGAUGAAAGCAGUAACAGUAGGAACUUUUUACAGCUAUGAUUUCAAUACAGGGUUUAAUUAUUCAAGUUUAUUUUAAUUUUUAAUAACCAUCUUUCAUUGGAGCUCAUAAGUAAAAAGGUGUAAUGAAAAUUCACCUCCAGUGUUGUAAGAAACCUAUCUGAAACCACGUGAGCCCGCGAUUUAAAACAAAUGUGGUAAGAUUUUUAUUUAUCUAUAUUUUUCUUUCUUGUUCUCAGACUGUUCUCAAGCAUGUACUGGGUCACGUGCCUGCACGAACAGCCAGAAAGUCAGCGAAAUAAUCCGUCAGCUUGCUUUUAACACCUUUUCAAUUUUGUUUUUGCGACUCGUUUCUAAACUCGAAAACAGUAUCAUACACGGUUUAAACUUCAAACCUCGUUUCAGUGUCG